CUUGCUUCUUAUUUUUGCAGCAAAACCCAGCAGCCUUCAUUAUGUCUUUUUGUCUGAAAAGUGCUGCUUUCUUUACUGACAUACAAACAUUUUUCUGUAACAAUUUUGUGCUGAAAAACUAAUGUUUGGAAAUCUAAAAAGUUUUUGUACUGAAUCAAUAAUGUAGAGGUCAUAAAAUAAAAAUCUAUAACAAAGUUUGUACUAAAAAAAAGGGUGCCUAAGACAGUACUGUAAAUGAGUCAUAGCUUGAGCUGAAUCUUUCUGACUCUGUUCAGAUUUCUUUAGACAUUGCUUUAUUAGGUACACCUCAGUACUUGGAGUGAAAUUGAGGUCAAAGAUAAGCUAUGUAUAGUUCUUUAGCAGAUAUUCCAUGUUCUAGCCGAUGUUCCGUCUUUUUGCAAUGAGCACUUAGGCCACACAAAUAUCGUGAAUGAGUUAUUAAACUGGAUUUAUUUCGUGGCUCAAACCUGUGUCCUUGACUGAAUACUUUGUAAGUUACUGGAAUUAUCAGUGAUUAUCAAUGAUUCAUCACUUAGCUUAACCUAGUUUUUUAAGACACCUAUUGUUAAUCAAUCCUUUUAAAUCUUUAAACAUCAUAUAUGUGAUCUGAUCUAUCCAAUUCAAUUCAGUUUUAUUUGUAUAGCAAUUUUAACAAUGGAUAUUGUCACAAAGCAGCUUUACAGAAAUAAAUGGAUUCAAAAAAUAUACUGUGAAUUUAGCCCUAAUGAGCAAGCCAGUGGCGACGGUGGCAAGGAAAAACUCCCUGACACAAUAUGAGGAAGAAACCUUGAGAGGAACCAGACUCAAAAGGGAACCCAUCCUCAUCUGGGUGCAACGGAUAGUGCAAUUAUAAAUAAAUCCCUUCUAUUAUUGUGUACUAUAUGGACAAAUAGUGCAAAUGUGCAACCAGUAAAUUCAUCACAGUUUUCGCAAGAAGUCCGGUUGGUUAAAAUCUAUCCACUGUCCACUGAUGGAGUCCUUAGUACGAAGGUGCAGCCCCAAAGCCACCACAGCAAUCACAGCCCCAAGCCACAGUACAGCUCCCCAUAUGUGAUCCCCAAGCAAUCUCCACAGCCCCCAGGUGGCACCAUCCCCAGCAAUCCAAACGGUUCUUCAGGCCAUCCAUAUGGGGCCACCCCCAGCAGCAGCGAGCGAACUCAACUAUGAGAACUCCAACCAGAAGUAGGGCAUCAGCAGGUCCUGAGAGCAGAAGGGGUCAGGAUCACUGGCAUCUCAGAAGUAACGUGUAUCUCAACAGAGAGCUACUAAUCUAUCAAUUACUAAUCUAUCCACUCUCCAACAUGUGUCACCUGACAGUCACCUGACAGGCUAUUUUCUAAAUAGUAAUAAAAAGUAUGAUAUAUUUCUAUCUGGUUUUUGGAGUCAGGACUAGCUAAUGUGAUCACUGACCAUAUUUGAAAGGACAGGCUUGAAUACAAAGUUGGGUUAGACAGACAGGGUCUUGACUGGUUAAGAUCUUAUUUGUCAGAGUUGUGUGAGCAUAAGUCAAGAUUCUUCAGAGACUGAAAAAGUACAACCUGGUGUCUCACAAGGUUUGGGGUCCAGUUUGACUCGGAGAUGCAUUGUGAUUUGAUCGCUCAAACCACCUUUGGAGGUGGUCUGCAUAGCAUAUAACCACAUAACAUUUGUAGUGUGAAUGCAAAAGUGUACCAAUGCAUCUAACAAAGAUAGCUGUGACUGUCAAAAGUUGUUGCAUUGCAUACAAUGCACAAGUAUGCACAAGUAAUCGUGCAUAGUCUUUAGUAUUCUUGCAAUGUGCUUUUGGAUCGGUAUAUCCUCAAUGGGUAUAACUUUAUGACUUUUAAUAUACUAAAAUUGACACAGACCGACAAUUUGUAAUUGUAAUUCAACCUAAUAUUCUUCUUAUUUUUCAGUUUAUUGGCGGUUGGCAGACCAGCUUUAGGUGCAUUACCGCCACCAACUGAACUGGAGUGUGUAGUAUCGACGGGUAAUGAUAAUGACUUUAGUUAAUGCAACCCGAAGACUUUUAUUUUGAUAUAAGCGGAGAUGAGGUGAACGCGGAAUUGAUACUUAAUUGACAACUUAAAGAAUUCGCAGUUUAGCACGUUCAAGUCCCGAAACCAUAGUAAGUCUAUAUCGCUGUAUAGCACUACGACUCAGUAUUCUUUAUAUUCUGUCAUUUAAUCUGUCACAACAGUCUACUCGGCGCUUACGAAGAGGAUGGCGAAUUACCGCGCAUUUCACACACAGCUUGCGACCAUAAUGGAAACCCUGACUCGGGCGGCAGUGGCGGAAAUCUGCGAGCUCGUGGAUGACGGCUACGCUAUUUUACACAUGGAGAUUUCACGGCAUCAGAAGGAGAACGAAGAGCUCCGGCGAAAACUUCAGCUGAUCGAGUCCAUUGUUGCUGCGCGCGGCUACAGUGAUGAGACUGCGGCCGUGCAGGAGGCCACGAGCCGCCGCGCUCGGGCGGAGUCACGAGAUUCAGAAGAGCAUGCUCUCAUCACAGUGCAGGUCAAAGAGGAAGGUCAGGAGCCACAAAAUGAUGAUGAUGAUGAUGAUGAUGACGAAACAGUUGCUGUGGUAACUCAUGAUUCUCCAGAUGAGGAAGUCAUAGAGCUCUUGUCACAUAAAGUCCCAUCAGAUACAGCCUCUGCAAAUGAUGACCUCCAUACACACACACUCGCAGACGCACACUCCCCGAGCAUUCCCUCACACAUAUUCACAGACACACACUCGCACACUGAGGAUUCACAACACUCUAGCGUGGACCUAACAGCCUCUGAUGAACCCCUCUGUUCUUUUAACACACAGAGUAAUGUGCACUCACUGUCUGACACACACACUGAUAUCACCGGUCAUAGCCGCCCAUUUCCAGAUAAGAUGAGUAUGAAGAGAGAGCCUAUGGUAUCUGAUCUGAAUCUUACUUUGGACUGGAGUACACACCCAGGGCAUAACACACUGUCACACUCCCAUACUUCCUCUGCUGGAAAUGACACAAGGACCCUUGCUGCCCACAGUUCCCCUCUCUAUACUGCACAGCACUUGCUUGGACUGGGUAAUGUGGCUGGGCUGGGGUUGUUUGGAGGACGUGGUUCCUUGCAAGGGGGUGGAGUCAGUAAGAGGCAUUUUAUCUGUUCCAUCUGUGGCAAGAACUUCACCACAGCACAGAGCCUAGACACACAUAUGCGGAUACACACAGGUGAGCGUCCAUACCGCUGUGAACAGUGUGGCAAGCGGUUUACUCAGUCUGGCCACCUUACAGCACACCAGACCGUUCACACUGGAGAAAGACCAUAUGAGUGCACACACUGUGGCAAACGCUUUGCAGGCAAGCAGUACCUGCGAAUACACACCAAGAAACACCAUCCUGAGUAACAAGAUUUCAACAGACACCACAGAAAAUAAACACUAAUGUCUGUAAUAAUCCAUGAUACACUACACUGAGUAACAGACGUACUUAUCCACACGUGCAUUGCAGAGGACACUGAAACGGGCUAAUACACAUGAAUGAAAUAAGUGUUUAGAAUUCAAACACACUAAAAAUACUGCACAAGCUAAAACAAAAAUGUAUUCUGGAGUUGGCUUAAUAGCAGUGUUUGAGUCACAAAGACUAAAUGUAAAUUGAAAGGAAGGAAUUAAAGGACAGUUCAACACAAAAUAUUUAAAUUGAUUUUUAGUCAGGAAGGCCUUUUGUAGGAAUAUAGCAAAGAAUAUGAGCUACUGGUGAACCAGCCUUGUGAGUCAAAUUCAUGAGUACCACAGUAACAUCUAGAUUCAGGACAUUUUCAUUAUUAUGGAACUGAACUUGGUUGUGUACACCACACAGAGGAAGAAGGCAGGGAAUUCCACCUGUCGCUGCCAUCAUAAGUAAAGCAUAAGGAAAGCAACUGACUUUAUUUUUUUUUAAAAACUGGAUUUCUUUGAAGUGCUGCUGUUUUUCCUUAGGGAAGAGAUCAUAAAUUUGAUCCUAUGCAUUUAACUUUGGAUGGCAGAAUAACAUGACUGAAGCAGAACUGUGUAAAACAUAAUGCACAUAAUUUCAGCUAAACCAUUCUUUGUGUUUGGUCAUUUAUAUUAUUUUCCCUACAGUGGGUGUAAGUAGCUGAGCCACACAAAUAAUACACAAUUGCAUGUUGGCUUUCACUUUGAUUUACGGACUGCCGAAGCUGUUAGAGCUCAGGGAAGUUUAUGUAGCUCAGUAAAUCACUGCUAGCCAGUUUGCAGUUCUAUCUAUUUAAGGUGGAACUUUGGUAGACUGACCCUGCAGCAGUCAGUGUCUUCAUCUGACAUGUAGUGCAGCUAAGCAGAUACAUACACCUAUGUGUAAAAAAAAAAUUCAGAAUAACUUUUAAAGAAGUUAAUUUGUUCUUGUUAUUCUUUAAUAAUUUAUAUUACAUCUAAGGCAUGGGUUAUACUUGUGGUUUAUACAUGUGACUAUGCAUGUAUAUGCUUAUCUUAUGCACAUUGGGAGGAUUAAAAGUGACAUCCACUAGAUGGAACAUUAAGACCAAAACGUCCCUGUCCAUCAGGUUGCAGUGUUGACCAAUAAAAUGUAUAGUGAUUUCAUUUUAUAUGUGAUUUAUAUAAACAGAUGGCAGAUGA